GCGCUCCUGGCUUAGGAAACACCCGGCACGUGGUGGGGCCGGGCCGGGGGCGGGCGCUCGCCGCUUCCUUCCUUUCCGCAGCGCCUGCUCCGGCCCCUCCUCGGGCCGCCCCCGCUCGGGUCCCAGCGGCGGCGCCUCCUGCCCGGCUGUGAGGGGUUUCUAGAUGAGUAAAGUCUUAUUGGUCAAGUUCUGACUUGAUAGAUAUUUUUAGGAUGUCUGAAGACGAAGAAAAGGUGAAUAUUCGUCGUCUUGAACCCGCCAUCCAAAAAUUCAUUAAAGUGGCAAUUCCAACGGAUCUUGAAAGGCUGAGAAAGCACCAAAUUAAUAUUAAGAAGUAUCAGAGAUGCAGACUGUGGGACAGAUUACACGAAGAGCACAUCAAUGCAGGACGUACUGUUCAGCAACUGCGAGCCAAUAUCCGAGAGAUGGAGAAACUGUGUUUGCGGGUCCGACUGGAAGAUAAACAAAUUCUCCAAAGAAUGAUAAAUCCAGUUAAAGAGGAAGCGUCAUUUGCCAUAAAAGAAUUUCUACAACUCCAUUCAGAAUCUGCAGAAGAACUUAAAAGACAGUUUAAUGAACAGAAGGACACCUCUUUGAAGUCUCCUCUAAUCAGAUCUGCGACGGUAGGAGGAGAGCCUUUGUAUAACACUGGAGCUGUGGACACUUCUCAGAGUUUUAUCCAGAUGUACUCCCCACUCCCUGAAAUUCCUCAGGAUGAAAAUGCUGCUGAAUCAUGGGAAACUUUAGAAGAGGACUUAAUUCAACUCAGCCAGCUGGUGACUGACUUCUCUUUGCUAGUCAAUUCUCAGCAGGAGAAGAUUGACAGGAUUGAAGACCAUGUCAACAGUGCUGCUGUGAAUGUUGAAGAGGGAACCAAAAACUUGGGGAAGGCUGCAAAAUAUAAGCUGGCAGCUUUGCCUGUGGCAGGUGCACUCAUCGGUGGAGUGGUGGGGGGUCCUAUUGGUCUCCUCGCAGGCUUCAAAGUGGCAGGAAUUGCAGCUGCACUUGGUGGUGGGGUAUUGGGCUUCACAGGUGGAAAAUUGAUACAGAGAAGAAAACAGAAAAUGAUUGAGGAGCUCUCUUCCAGCUGUCCAGACCUCCCUAGCCAAAGUGACAAAAAAUCCAGCUGAAGUAAGAUUUCACUAUGACUAGGACUGGAAAUAAUAGUUCCAGUGAUGACAACAAAUAUGCAAUCUUCACUUUGAACAUAAGUCUGUUGAGGGGUGAAAAGUGGAAGGUGAGAUAAGUACUGUCAGUCCUGUAAUUUUGAAAGCCGUAAGGAAUAUAUUUUCAUCAUCAAGAAAUAUGCAGCCCUAAUGAAUAAUGGGUUGUGUGCCAAAUUCACCCCUUAUUUUGUGUGAUGAUACUGGAGUGGGUUUAGUUGAGAAUCCAGAACAAAUAAUGAAAGGCUUUGAAGCAUUCUUACUAGAAAAACUGAGGGGUCCAAAGGUCUGGAGCACUUUUAUUAAGUGAUUUCAAAGAUUAGUACGCUAUUAGUACUCCUCUCUGUCUUUUAAACGUCACAUUUUGGUUCAAAUGUUAAAAAUGACCUGGUUUUACUCUUCAUUUGUUUGUAUGCCCAAGCCCUCAUACUGUCUGGUGUGGCUCUCUUUGCUCGUCUAAACAGAUGCACAGACUGGCAAUGGGGCCUGAGGGUUAAGGUUAAAUCGCAUUGUUUCAGCUGUGGUGAAAGCUUAAGUAAACCCAGCACCUGCUUGCAUUAUCGAACUCAACCAGAGUAGUGGUGCUGCUGCCCUCCCUUUCCAGAGCACUACAUUCACUCUGCUCUUUUUAAAGAAAAGUCUUUUUUUUUCUUCUUUUUUAUCCAUGUCUUCCAAAUCCAGCUUCUUCCCCCCUCCCCAAAUCCAGGCCCUUCUCUCCCUCUUCAAACAGCCAAAAACAAAACAAAACAAAACAAAAAAACACUCCCGGGGAUUGUUUGUGCUAGGAGAGGUAGCAUUCCUUCACUGUUCUCUUCCCAGCCUGGCACUGAAAGCUGCUUUGUGGGGUUAAUCCCCCCUCCUGUUUAAGAAGCACCUUGCUCAGGUGCUCUUCUCCCUUUUUCCUCCAUGUCUUGUUCACAGCCUGCCUCCAUCAAAACAGUGGUGGGACAGGACAGAAGAUCAUUCAACAAAGACAUUGGCUGCUGUUUAUAGCAAUGUCAACUCAUCAGUCCUUUAUUCCCAUUCCACCUAUUCAGCGAGGCUGUAGUGGGGAUUUAAUGUCACUUUGUGACCUACAACCAUCACAUCUGGAAGACAAAGGACUGUGAAGCUGGCAAUCUUGAUGAACUCACCAGUAACUUGUCAAGUGGUGACAUCAUUAAGUGAUCUUAUCACAGUUUCAGUAAUGUUGAUGUAGUUCAGAUGUGGUGGGUUCACCUAAUGCUUAUGUAUGGCCUGGUCAGGUAUGCUUCUUGCUCUCUCCAGCCACACAGCUGUUUAGUUCUUUCUUCAGUUUCCACUGGAUCACUUCUGCCAGGCUGAAUUCUUUACUCUUAGUAGACUUUUAGCUCAGCAUAGCAUUCCUCCAGGACUCAAGGUUUGCUGGUGUUCUCCAUAGUGUUCUUGCUCACAGCUGCCAGUAUGGGUAGUUAGCUCUUUUCCUAGCCUGUGAUACUGUCUUCCUCUGGAGAUCUGCUAUUCAUUUAUCCUAUUUGCUUGAUUUUCACUUGGACCUCUCUGCACCUCCCAUCUUUAAAUAUAUGGCUUUUAACAAGUUUUUAAUUUCACCCAGCCCUGGAUAGUCAAUAGUGGCAAUCUGUCUUUGCCACCCCCAUUCCAGCACUGCUGUUGGAGCCUUGUGGGAAAACACAGGCUAUGCCAUUGCUUCUUUAAGAUCUCAAGUGGUCUCAUCUUCCUGAGACCUAUUUGACUGUACAAAAUAAACCUCUAAAAAAAAUGGUUACUUAAGUGGAGUUUUAUUACACAAUGUUGUUCGGUUUUCCAUAGCCCAGCAGGGAAUUGCCACUGCAUCACAUUUAACAACAAAAAAAAUGGAGCUCCGUUGCAACCCAGGAUUUGGCACAGUCUGUGGAAAUAAUUGUCUUCUAAUGGUGGGAUUAUGGGUUUUGGUGCCUAAAUAUUGUAAGCAACUGUUCGUUUGAGCACAAGUUUCCUGUAUAGGGUAUUUCUUUCUUAAUUAUAUAAUUUAUUAAUUACAUGUAAAAUAAAAAUGUGAACCCAAA